CUCGAGCUGAUAAUCAGUCUGGUGCUGAUAACACUGGGGGAACAUUUAUGAUUGCGCAAGAAACGACGAUGAAACGAAAGAAGUGUGUGAUCAUGGAUUAAUCUCGACCAAUGAAGAUUAAGAAAUUAAAGAAGCCGAGGUCAACUUGCUUGGACCAGGAUAGAAACGAUCGAGUGGCCGGUGUUCAGGAUUCAGGAUUGAAAAUCAAAUUGGAGCGUGACGAUUGGACCGUGGAGAGAAAUGAAUUGAACGUGACGAGUGAUUAUUUAGGGAGGAGAGGAGUGUUGGACGAGGCGAUGGUAGUCGACUCGGUGAAAACUGUUUUGGUGCCUGUCAGGGAUCCGGUGACCAAGGAGGUGAGGAAUAUGUUGGUCCCCGUUGAAGUCAGGGACGAGACAGGAUUGAACGUGAUCAAGAGCGUGCUUAUACCGUUCGAGGGAGACGACGGGUUGGUGUCUUACGAGCUUAAGAAGGUAAUGGUGCCUAUCAAGCCGGAAUUGAGUUUGCGUCGGAGGAAGUGCGAGAGCAGAUUGGCGGCGGGUCAAGCUAAGGACAAGCUAAGGUCGAAUUGCAAGGGAGGAGGAAACGAGAGGAAACGGAAGAGGAGCGAAGAGGAGGGGGAGCGGAAGGAGACGUUGUUGGAGGAGAGGAUGCGAGGAGUUGACGGGAAGGGAUCGAAAACGGAUUUGAAGGGGGAAGUGGACGAGAUAUUGGACACAUUGAGGAACGUUUGUCCGUUCUGCGAGAAGUGUUUCAAGGACGAGGACCAAAUGCAGAAGCACGCCUUGAAAACCCAUAAGAAGCCGUACAAUUGCGACAAGUGUCACAAAGGUUACUUCUCGGAUCUGGCCCUCGAGGAGCAUCGAAAAACGCACGAGGUGCUCUACUUCCAUCGUUGCCCCGUCUGCCAGAUGCAGUACAAAACGUUGACGGGGUUGAAGCAUCACAGGAUCCGCGAGCACACCGACAUAGACCCGAAAUUCGUCUGCGACAGUUGCGGGAAGAGGUUCAAACUGAAGUUGGACCUUGCCCUUCACAUAGACAGGUCUCACAUGAACGCCACCUACAUCUGCAGAUUCUGCGGAAUGGCGGUGAAGAAUAUCGCCCACCACGAGACCAAGCAUCAGGAGAACAAGGAGAUCGUCUAUCCCUAUUGUUGCACCCUCUGCCCUAGGAAAUUCAAAGCUUGGAACACGUUGGAGAACCACUUGCUGAUGAAGCACAAAGCCUCGAACGUGGGAACGGACAUGCUGCGAACCCUUUGCCAGAAAAGAUUCCAGUCGAGAAGCGAUUUCUAUCAGCACGUGUUGCUCAAUCAGACGGAGGUUAAGCAGCACAAGUGCGACGCUUGCGGGAAAACCUUCACCUCCGAGUACAAUCUUCGAAAUCACGUGGCCCUCCAUUCCCAGACUUACGCGUGCAACCAGUGCGACAAGAAUUUCACCACGAAUUACUUGUUGAAGCUGCAUCUCCGGAAGCACACCGGCGAACGGCCGUAUCAGUGCAAAGUAUGCCUGAAGACGUUCGCCAGAUCCGCUUCCCUUAGAAUGCACAGAUUGAUCCACACUGGUGAGAAACCGUACGCGUGCGACUUCUGCGGGCAAAGUUUCACUCAGAGGGGGAGCAUGAUGUCGCAUCGCCGUAAAAAUCAUCCAGAAAAUCAUCCUCCUCUUCCUCCUCCUCCUCCUCCUUCUUCUCCCCCUCCCCUGUUGCUCACCAAUCCUGAAAAUAACGAGCAUUAGUUUGGCUAAGAGAAAAUGUUGCUAAAAUUUGAGAUUUUUCCAUAAAUUUGAAGUUUUUUUUUUUUUAAUUUAACGAUUGGAAAAAUGAAAAGUAAAAAGUAGUAAAGCAAAAGUGGAAAAUAGGAAAAAUUGUAUUCAUAUUUUGUUUCAUUUCUAUCUUUUUUUUUUUUUUGUUAUUUAGAAUCAAGCCAUCAAGUUUUGUAUAAUGUUGAUUUUCACAUUUCUCUUUUCUAUAUUAAUUUUAUUUAUACGUGAUGAUAUUUUUGUUUUUAAUUCAGAAAAAGAGAAAGUUGCCUCUGAUUCGAUGGCUUGCGGAAGAGGGUUCAAAGAUUUAUAGUAUUAUCGUGCAUUAUUAUCUCCUCUAAAAAAUUUAUAAAUUAUUUUUCUUUUUCUUUUUUUUUUUUUUCUAAUCAUACGAAAUUUCAUCGUUACCAGCAACAAUACUCAAACAACUGUGUAAACCCACGUUUUGUACAAGACUAAUAUAUGUUAAGAUUAUAUAGUUUAUGCGAUGAGAUAAAUAUCUUUAAGAUAUUAAAGAGAAAUUGUUAAAAGUUAAAUUGAUAAUAACCAGAAGAAAGAAUGAUAUUUGUAAAAUAUAAUUCUUACGAAAAUACGAAGGGAGCAAUGCAAAAUAGAGAAUAUGAAAUCCUGUGUUACCUGUGCAUUUGUGAGUAUCGCGUCGAUUGUUGAAGAUUGGAUGAAUAUAUGCGAAAGACAAAUUUUAAUAAUUUAAGUGGCACUAUAAAUUUGUUAAUUUCGAAUUUAUAUUCGUUGCAUUUAUUAAUAUGUAUAGGAUUAUCUGUUUCUUUGAUUAAAUCAAUUUUUAAUAAUUGUUAAACACAA